AUGGACUACCUGCGCGGCAACCUACUUAGGAGCGUCGAUGCUUUAUUUCCCCCUUCCUUCCGCCUCCAGACCCCCAAGGAAUACUACUCUAGCUUCAAUGCCAACUCAAAUCUCCAAGAAAAAUUCCAUAACAUUGACGAUGAGGGCCAAUUCCGUGCCUAUCUUGGCUAUCUACAAGAUGUGCAGACUCGGAACUUUAUGCUAGAUUUUGGCAACGACGAUGCGUGGUGUGCAGUGGAUCUGGAAGAAGAAGAUAUUGCGACACUAUUGCGCGGCGUCAAACCAAGGUUCUUUGGGACCAGGUGGAUGUGA